AUGUGUAAAUCCUUUCCUGAUUUUGUCUCCUUAUUGUUAGAUGCAGCAGCAACUGUUGAUAAAAAUGAGGAACAUUGUUAUGCGGUCAGGACAACAGCAUCCACAGCCCAACAGACCAACGUCUUCAACAACAACCACAACAACAGCAACAACAACAACGAAAGCAGCAAUAAAAGAUAUAGAAACAGAUCCAGAAAUGUUAAAAAGCAAGACUCUCUCAGGAAAAAGCAUAAUGACAUGGAGAAAUCCAGACGAGCGAAUCAUAAAAAUUUAUUCCUUGACCUCAAGUUGACCUUGCCUCCGAGUCUGAGGUCUUGUAGGAUGUCGCAAAUCAAAACACUCAACGAGUCUCACGAGCAGUAUUUGAGGCUGGCCAAUGAAUACGAGGUCGAACGGAGAAAGCACUUUGAGUACUCGAGCAAGUUGCAGAUGAUUACAAGGUCACAUUCGAGGUCAUCUGUCGAGAGCUGUGCCGACAGUGGCCACUACUCCUGCAAGUCGUCGUCAUCCUCCUUCUCUUCGUCGUCGCCGACUGCUCUCAGAGAUUUGGACGACAACGACGUCUCCUCCGUGGACAAUGACGUCACGACGAAUGACGAUGACGUCGUUGCUGCGAUUGGCGAUGAAGUCGAUGAUGACUCCGACUCCAUCAUCAUCGACGUCAUGUGA